CUCACCUAAAUAUUUCAACUAUUACCAACAUGAAGGCCGUAGGACAUUCAUUAUUAUACUGUUAGCCAGCCCCGAAGUCAGAUAUCAGAAGAAACUUGUAUUCACCUGCUAAGAUAUUAAGGAGCUCUUCGGCUAAUCUUUCCGAGCAAUGAAUUUCUCCCGCGAUAUACAAUGCCCCGCUCCAUGGUGAUAACUGGAAUUGAAUAAACGACUAUAGCAGGUCUAAGAAGAUACUCUCUUAUGCCCCCCGGAAACUUCUCUCCGGAAGCAGCAUAUCUAGUAGCAGAUAUACGUACAGCUCUAGAUCUAUCCACGUCAUAAUUCGUAGCGAGAUCUUAGGAUUUUGAUGCGACAUCGAGGAAAGGGGUUCUGAUAUGAUAUGCACUGAUCAACGGAGCUAGCUCGAUAUCUGUAUGAAGCUUAUAUUUACACUAUCGUCUAAGUGACGCUGUACAUAAAUCACGUUCAUUGUAGCUCAACCAUACGGGGUUGUAUGAUCUCGAGAAUUAUAAAUUCUUGGAUACAAAUCGCAAUGGAAAUUCUAUCUUUAUUUUUUGAAAUUAUAUUCUCUUCUUUUCCUAUUGAAGAAUGCUUAAACCAAGAGUGUUGACGACUAGAACCUGGCAAUCCACUCUUCGACGUCAUCACUCUCGUUGUAUCGACAUUUGUAUAUCUCCAUCUCCAUUAUCGCUAUCGCCGUCAUACCUACCAUCUCUAAUAACCCAUCGGAUUCAACACUGUUCUAUACAAUCAGUAAUAUCAAAUAAAGCGCAGUUCCAUUCCAAAUCACAGAUUUCAUCUCAGGACCAACUAAAGAAAAAUAUGCCAGAAACAAGAUCAGAAACAAGAUCAGAAACGGAAACUGGGGCGGAGACGGGGAAGGUUUUGGAUAGCAUCGAAGAAUGGAAGACGAAGUCACCUUAUCAAACAUCUUCCGCCAACGAGCAUUUCGAAAAGAAAUGGACAGCACAUUGUCAUUGCGGUCGCGUCAAAUAUUGGUUGUCGCGUGACAAACCGCUCGCCUCCAAAUUCUGCCACUGUAUUGACUGCCAAUCCCUUCAUGGGGCGCCCUUUCAGUGGGCCGCGAUAUUCCACAAGGAAGACUUGCACUUCGAAAAGGGUGCCGAGGGUUUAGCAUUUUACCAUUCACCCGAUAAAUCGACAGUGCAUCGCCUGCCCUGUAAAGUUAGCUGCGCAUAUUGCCACUCGCCGAUUAUGGAUGAGGGACGAAAUAUGGUGCUUAUGUUUCCGGGUAUCAUUAAGUUUAGUGAUGCCGAGCAUAAGAAGCUAUUUGAUCCUCAGUGCCAUAUCUUUUACAGCCAGCGCGUGGUAGAUUUGCAUGAUGGAAAACCGAAGUGGUCGCGAUUGGACGGGCAAAGUGAAUUGAUGAAGGAGGUGGAAACAAAGACCUCCAAAGAUCACACAGUACUGGGUGAAGCGAGAAAUGAGCAUAUGGAAGAUUAAAUA